AUGGCAACACACAAUAAGAUGUUAGAGAAUAAAAUAGCUCAACAGGCUAGCUCUUCAAAUAGUAAAGCUUUUGGGAAGCUUCCUAGCCAACCUGAGAAUCCAAGGGAGCAGUGCAAUGCUGUUACUUUAAGAAGUGGAAAGGUAAUGGGGGAAGAACACAAAAUUGAAGUAAAGUUGAAAGAAAAGAAAGAUGAGUGUGAGAGUGAAUCCAUUUCAACUAAAACUAAAGCUAGUAAGGAAGCAAAUGAAGAGAAAGAAGAUAAAAAGAAAAUAGGAGAGAAAUAUGUGCCUCCUGCACCGUACAAGCCACCAUUGCCCUUUCCUCAGAGGUUUCAUAAAGCACAAUUAGAUAAGCAGUUUGGGAAAUUCCUUGAAGUUUUGAAGAAGUUGUUGGAAGAUUAUGAAACUGUUGCACUUACUGAGGAGUGCAGUGCUAUAUUGCAGAACAAACUCCCACCUAAGCUGAAAGAUCCUGAAAGUUUUUCCAUACCAUGUCACAUUGGAGAAACAAGUAUUGAGAGAGCAUUAUGUGACUUGGGGGCUAGUGUUAGCUUGAUGCCACUUUCCAUAUGUGAGAAGUUAAAGGUUGGAGAUCUAAAGCCCACAACUAUUUCUUUGCAGUUAGCUGACAGAUCUAUAAAGUAUCCAAUUGGGAUUUUAGAGAAUGUACCAUUAAAAGUUGGGAAGUUUUUCAUUCCAGUGGAUUUUAUUGUACUAGGGAUGGAGGAGGAUGUAAGAACGCCCAUCAUACUUAGAAGGCCAUUUUUAGCCACUGCAGGAGCUAAUAUAGAUGUAAAAAAUGGGAAAUUGAAGUUGACAGUGGGAGAGGAGAAAAUAGAGUUUAAUUUAUUCCAACAUUCCAAGGAACCAGCUGUGAUGAAUUCUUGUUAUAGGGUAGAUGUUAUAGAGCAUGAUGCUGAAACUGAAGUUACUAAACUAGAGGAAAAUCAAGCUAUUCCAAUGCAAUGCAAUCAGCAUAAAGUGCGAAAGAAAAAGUCAUCUUCACCAUCUCAUUUGAUUAACAAUGAAGUUUCAAAAGUUAAGCUCAAGCCUCCAUCAAAAUCACUCAAAAGAGGAGAUUCAUCUAAAGUUUGUAAGAAUAUUCUUCAAGAUAUAGUUGGGAUUCUGAACAAAGCAACAGGUAUUUUCACAUAUAAUGGGAAAAAGUUGAAGUAUAAAUUCAUUUCAACACCUGUUGUGAAGGGAGGUAAUAUUUUCCAAUUCCAACCACCAUGA